UUUUUUUUUCUGUUUGAGAGCUGAAAUUGUUCAGUUAUAAAAUCCCAAGAACUAGAWGUCUAAAGACCCUCCUGCUCAACCUUAGACUUUGUGAUUUGUGAUAAAAUUUUUGAGUGCUGGUAAUACAGAUACAAACCAAACUGUGAUAGCUUCUGAUAAAACAACCCAAGAAAGAUGAGGGCCAAGUUGGAGGUGUUUUAAUUGCCUAUAUUCAUCUCUGAACAAAUCCUGUGACUGCUCUUCAGCAUCUACAUUCAUCUAGUCUUGUAAAUGUCAUAGCUGAACUCUCUCAAGGCUGGCACCCAUGCGGUUAUAUACCCUGUCCAAGCGGCAUUUUGUCCUGGUCUUUGUAGUAUUUUUUGUUUGCUUUGGUUUGACAGUCUUCAUAGGAAUAGCAGGUCCUAAUGUUAUUGAAACUUCUGUAGCAAGAACUGACUUAAAUAACAGCCUGAAGCUGAAACCAUUUAAUUUAAGUUCACCACCAUUGUCUACUUACAAUCAGCAGCUGUGGCUGACCUGCAUAGUUGAGCUGGAUCAGCAUGAUGUAUCCCUCAAGAAGAACGUGACCAUGGCAGUCAAAGUGCUGGGGGUGGUGAAGGAUGGAAGCACGCCGUUUGUUAAUAAUCAGGUUCACAACCGGACAAGAUUGCUCAACUGUGCACAGAAAUGUACUGAAAUCAUCGUUGCUCACCUUGGCUACCUGAACUAUACUCAGUACAACAUAUUUGUAAACUUUGAAGAUCUAGAUAAGUUAACUUACACUAUCCAGAAUAUUACUUUCACAUGGAAGACGUACAAUCCAAACUUUUCACAGGUGGAAAUCUGGUUCCGAUUUGUCUUUGUAGUUCUUACUUUCAUGGUCACGUGUCUGUUUGCACAUUCUCUGCGAAAGUUUUCCAUGAGAGACUGGGGCAUUGAACAGAAAUGGAUGUCUAUCCUUCUUCCCCUCCUGCUACUUUACAAUGAUCCAUUUUUCCCCCUUUCUUUUUUGGUCAACAGCUGGUUUCCUGGAAUGCUAGAUGAUCUAUUCCAGUCACUGUUCCUGUGUGCGUUGCUGCUGUUCUGGCUUUGUGUAUACCACGGAAUAAGAGUGCAGGGAGAAAGGAAGUGCUUGACUUUCUAUCUGCCCAAAUUCUUAAUUGUUGGACUAUUGUGGCUGGCUUCUGUUACAUUAGGAAUAUGGCAAACUGUUAAUGAAGUACACGAUCCUACAUACCAGUACAGGGUUGACACAGGUAAUUUCCAGGGAAUGAAAAUCUUCUUCCUUGUGGUGGCAACUACAUACAUUCUCUACCUUUUGUUCCUGAUAGUGAGGGCAUGUUCAGAACUUCGUAACAUGCCUUAUGUUGAUCUCAGGUUAAAAUUCCUGACUGCGUUAACCUUUGUAGUGCUUGUCAUUAGCAUUGUCAUACUCUAUCUACGCUUUGGAGCCCAAGUUCUACAGGACAACUUUGUUGCCGAGCUGUCGACUCAUUAUCAGAAUUCAGCAGAAUUCUUAUCAUUUUAUGGUUUAUUGAACUUUUAUCUCUACACACUAGCCUUCGUGUAUUCCCCUUCAAAGAAUGCACUAUAUGAAUCACAGUUGAAAGACAAUCCUGCAUUUUCUAUGCUGAAUGACUCGGAUGAUGAUGUGAUUUAUGGGAGUGACUAUGAAGAAAUGCCACUUCAGAACGGACAAGCUAUUAGAGCCAAGUAUAAAGAAGAAUCCGACAGUGAUUGAUGAGACAUGGACAGACUUGUUAGCUGGGAUCAAGGCAACUGUUUAAGUUUUUCUGGAAGGACCGUUUUCUUGGCUUUCUUACAGCCUGUUGUCAUCAUCUGAAUGCUGUCUGCCAGGAACAACAUCUUGCUUCUAUUUCUGUUUACAAAAUCAAAACUGAAAAAAAGAAAGCUUGAAAAAGUUGUGAUGGAAACUUAAAAGAAACCAAAUUUUUUUUUAACAAGUCUUAGAAAAUGACUGAUAGCAGGAUGUCUGUGGACUAAAAUCUUUAAGUCUUUUUCCAUUUAGAAGUGUCAGUGAUUAUGUGUUGAUUUUAUAAUUCCUUUCAUGCUGUGUUUUUUUAAUUACAGCAUACUGUGUUUAAGCUCUUGCACCUGUGCUAGUUCCUUUGCAAAUGCUCCAUGGCUGUACUAAGUGCCUCUUUUCCUUUCCCUUUUCUAGCUUACUCAUUUGAGCUGGAGGCAGGGAAUGAUGGUUUUAGUUUUAGUUCUGUUUAGUUUUAAUCAUUAUUACCAUUAUUUUUUAGAAAUGCAAGAAAACACUGGCUUUCCAUUCUUCCCUUGAAGAGGCAAUAUUAAUUUAAAACCUUGGAAUUAAUUUAAAUGCAUUUGUCAGAUCCRUUGUAAGUGCAAGAUACACGCAAGAGAUCAAGUUCUAGUGACCCAAAUGUAGACCAUGUAGUGCAAGGUAUUUCAUGUACUAUAGCUCUGACUUCAUUUGUCACCACGACAAAAGCCUCCCCCAUCCCCAGCAGCCCUUUCAGAGGAAACUGCCGGGGCUGCAGCAAACCACCCAAGGCAGCACAGAACUAGGCAGCCUGGCUCUUCCCUGUCCCGGAGAAGAUUGUUACACUUGCAGAGUACACAGCUUCACAGAGAGGUACAGUUGACUAUUUCUUAACAUUUCAUGUGAAACAUUCAUUUCAUUUUUCUACAUGAGGAUUUUCCAUGUAGUUGUAUGUAAACUGGGAAGUUAAUCUGUGUUCUGGGAACAGUCACAGGUACUCCUUCGUUGAGCUUGGAAGGAAUUUGCUUUUGAGCUAACUCAACUUCAACUGCCUUUCCCUUAGGCACACCUCCACUGCUGCCAACACAGGAAGGCAUUUUUACUAGUCCAUUUUGUGAUUAUCUGUAUUCCAGUCUGUUCUGGGACAGAUCUAUGUGGGAAUUCAAUAUUUGAAUGAAUGCUGCUACUCUUUUUUAAUCCCUAGUCUCCCACACCACCAUUCAGUUCUAUAUUUAAGUGAAUGUUGUUCAUUUCUAACCAAUUUGUAUGCUUUGCACUUGACCUGUCUGAAAGUCUCUCUUCUCAUGGAUUUAUACUUGCUAUGUGCUCUCGUACAAUUUCUCUGACUCUAGAAAGCAAUGACGGAAUAUGAAGGAGCAAUGGCAAAGGCUUUGACAGUGACAGGGGCUUACGCUAGGAAAUUGUACUCAUAAUUAAACUAAUUUAAGAAUAAGUGUGUAGUGAAGCCCUACCAGCUUUGCUGGAUCAUAUUGAGGGAAAAAAAAGAAAGAUUUGUGUGUAGAUUUGUUCUGCAUUUAAGCUGUAGCUGUUCUAAACCCUCYGGUUCCUGCACUUGGAAACAGUGCAAACAGUGGCUUGGUACCUGCUCAAGGUAAUUAAAGGGUGACUUCACAGGAGUGCACCUUGCUUGCAGGAGAUCAAAGGAAAUGCCCUGUGGAAUUGCAUCCCUGCUCUCCUCAAACUAGCUCAGAUGCAGUCAGUGUGCUGCUCAAGAUGAGCUGUGUGUGUUUGUGAAAGCCUUCUGAAAUUAAUGCAGAGCUGUGAAAAUUGUCAAGGAUGUUUGGAAGUUAAAACUUAAAUACCAAGAAUUGUUUAUUUGGUAGAAACUAAAGUACUGUCAUAUGGAUAAAGUAGAGAUUGCCAGAAAUGAGAGACGGCUGUCUCCGUGAAUGUAGUUUAGAACAACACACGGGGAAAAAUAAAAUAUUAAGCUGCACUCUUGCCAUUUCCUGUAGACAUUUUUCUUUAAUAAAUAUAAGAGAUGAUCUUUUUAUCCCCCAAAGAGGAGACCCCAGCCUCAUUUUUAGUGUUCCGCAGAUGGCCGUUUUGGGGUACGUACAGCUGCUUGAAUUCCCAGUCAGACUUGGGAGCCAACUGAGUGGCCCACUGUUCCCAAAUCCUUUUGGCUUCCAUUGGAGUAACAGUAGGCCUCGCAACUGGGGGGUGGGGGAAGAGUCAGAAAUCAAGACCUAUGUGAUUCUCAUGCAUUCAGCUCUCUUGGGCUCCAUUUUAAAUUGUUUUGACAAAAUGUUUCUUUUGGUAGAUGGGUGAAACGUACUGAUGUUUCCUGUAGUCUGAGCUGAUUGUUACGAUUAACCCCAAAAUACAGUGUCAUGUUUAGGGGUCUCAUUAACUGAAGAAACCCUUUUUAAUCUCACCUGGAUAUUUUUUUUUCUAAGCAGUUCUCAGCCCAUUGUGUCUGCCAUUUUGUCUGCAUUGACUUUUCUACAUUAUUACAUUCAGAAAAGAAAUAGGUGAAAAAGGGAAAUGUACAUUUCAAAAAGUAUCUCAUUAUAAAAUUAUUAUUAAUAUUAUUGUAGAUACUAUUAUUUAACCAGUUUUGGUCCUGUAAUUAUUUUGCAUUUCAGAAAUGUUAGAGCAUUACUGUAAGCUUGGUCAAAGUGCCAGGGCAUCAGGGCAUCAAAUUUAAUAUAUGGUAAAAGCAAAAGCAGUGAAGCAGAUUGGGAAAUAUUUUCCUAGCAAGAAGUUUCAAUUUCACUUUUCCUAUCUGUGAACAAUUGGAAAGCAGGGGCAGUGUUUGAAGAAUAUUACAAUAUAGAUUGUAAACAGCUUGGGGGUGGGCAGCAUAGGUCACUUCUGAGUAACGUGURUUGUGUUUGUGACCUAAGGGUGAGAUGGAAGGGAGCUGGAAGAGACUGAUCUGCCUUUCAUUUAGGUAACACUAAUUUGGUAUUUGCAACCCUCAUGGAACUGUAUAAAACGGGGAAAAUAUGCAGCAGGCCCCCACAGUAUACAGAGAAACUGCUCCAAAAGAUGUCUUUAUUAAACAAGUGCAAUAGUUUCAUGUUCACAGUGACCACAUGGGACUUGUAAGGAAAAUGAYUGCUUUUUUCCUGUAGUAUUUGCUUUGUAAAAUACUUAGUGUUGGAAACUUCGCUAGGAUCUCUGAAGAAGAGAAAGCAUAAGGCUCUAAACCAGUAAAGAACAGCCAGUCCAACAUGCCCAUUAACUGAUCUGGGAAAAAUGGAUGUUUCCAGCUAGGUGACUUGGGUCUUUCUAUGAGUCACGACACCUUUGCAUCUGUAGGUGACAGUUUUGCCCAUUUGCUU